AUGGACACUGGCGGUCUUGCUCAGAUGACCUACAAUCCGUCUUUCAAUAAUGGCAGCGGCCUUGGGGUCCCCGGGAGCUUUGCGUCCCGGAGAAAAGGGUCUCACAUCAAGCGUUUGAGCGUGCCCCCGCCGCACAUCUCGACCAUCGAUGAAUCCCAGCCGUCUGCGCCGGUCCCAACCCCGCGCACCAGCCGUUCGCAUCUUUUGGCAGGAUUGAGGACCGCUCCAAAAUCUGCGACGAUUCCUUCCGCCGCUCAACGUCAGCAACACCUUGGCCUGGAAGGUGAUCGAUAUGGCAACUACUCCAACCGGACUGCGGAUCGCGUCCCACAGACCGCCAUGGGAACCGGAUUCCCACGCCACUCAUUAGCCGUGAACCAAGGUCUGGACGUGAACACAGGUCAUCCCGUGUACACUCUGCCGGAGCAGGUGCUCGCACCUCCGGCUCUUGACAUCGCCGGCGAUAACCAGAUUGACGAGAGCUUGUACGCGGAAUUGAUGUCGACGAACCUUUUCUUGGCCGCUCAGCAGCAGCGCCUGCAGCAGCAACUAAUCUCCGUCACCGCGGCAGCCCAGCAGUUCCAGGGUCUCAACCUGGGACCGCCCAUGGCCCAGCAACAACAGGAGUAUCAAUCCAUGUCGAUUCCCGGCAUGGGAUUCUACCAGCAGCAGCUCCAGCAGGGUGUGCAGCCAAUUGUGCAGCCCGUCCCCGGUCAGCCAGGGCUCUACUCCGUGUACAACCCCCUGACUGGUCAGCAAAAUUAUGUCUACGACAACUCUUUCCAGCAAGACGGCUCCUCUCCCCAGUAUCAGGAGGAAGAGAUCCAGUCUCCGCCUACGCAGGUGCCCACCUUCCGAGCUGAGGUGUCCCCGCCGCCCGAGUCCAGGCAAUCUCCCGUGAAUGUCGCGCAGCCCGUGUCUCCUCCCAGUGGCCGGUCUUCCCCUCGGGAAACCGCCCCUCUUCCUCCCCCCUCCGCAAAUGCUUUCCGCAGGGGCCACAAGAAGAGCUCGUCGUUCAGUCCUGUGCCCAAGUUGCCCAUCGACACCGCCAAGGCGAAUAACACGAUCACUCCUGCCGCUCCUAAGACCGCUGCAUUGCCCCAGACCCCGGCCACUGGAACGUUUGGACCCGGACAGGCUCGUGCCGGAGAGCACCCUGUCCGCCAGCCUCGCGGCCCACCGUCUCUUGAGGAGCUUGUUGCCAAGCCAACAUCCAAGCACGAAGGAAGCAAGAACUUUGCGACCCGUCAACGUCGCCGUGCCGUUCACAACCUGGUGCGUGCGGGCAUUGAACGGCGUGGAGAGACCCGGAGCUUCGGUUGCCACAGCAGCGGCGGCACCAACACCCCGGCGAGCGAGAAGGAAUUCACGUUCUCUGAUGGGGAUGAUGCUACUGUUCGUAGUGGGAGCCUGUCCAGCAAGCCCAGCCUGGGCAGUCUGCGUGCUGCCGCGAAUGGCGCAAUUGGCUCAGAGAGGAAAGAGAGAUCUUCUCGCGAGCGCAGAUCGCAGGAUAGCCCGUACAACACGACUCCCAUCAGCGAGGAUGGAGGCUUCUUUGGCGGGAAGUUCGCAGAGGUCCGACCCGAUCAGGUCCCUUCCCGCACGGGAUCACCCUCGGUUGCUGCUGUCGUCGCUGGCCAGAAGACGGUAGCUCCGGGUCAGGAGCGGCGCAAGACUCCGAUGCUUGUGCUCUCCAGUGCUGAGAAGCGCAAGACCCCGAUCAUGUAA